UUUCCCCCUCCCCUCCCUCACCCCCUCUCUCUCUCUCUCUGUCUGCCUGCCAGCUGAUGCUGACUGGAGGUGAAACGGUUUUUCUUCCCCUCGUCAUCCCGGGGAAAACCUGGACAGACUGGCUGGAGGUUUUUGGAUUCUGACACCGUCCACCGUAGCGACUUCUUGGUGUUGACAGCGGGAGGAAACGGCGAAUCUAAAGACAUCAAACUGAGAGAGGACGCGGCGGACGGAGAGCGAGACGGUGCACAGCAGAAACGCAGCGGAGAAACACAACAACUUGGAGCGGCUGUGUCCUCGGGGCGGUCCGCGGGGAGCUGUGGAGCUGCUGGCAGCGGAAAGGUGGGUGUAAAAGCCCCCUCCUUGCUCUCUGUUAGAGAUGGAGUACCCGGACGACUACCUGCUGGCCGAGCUCAGAACCCUGCAGCUCUACAACGACUCACUCUUCCAGAACAACUUUAGCGGUCCCUACAACGACACGGAGUCCUUACUGCCGACGGGGGUGAAGGUCACCAUCGUAGUUGUCUACAUGAUCGUCUGUGUCAUCGGCCUGGUGGGGAACUUCCUGGUCAUGUAUGUCAUCAUAAGAUACACGAAGAUGAAAACGGCCACCAAUAUAUACAUCUUUAACCUUGCUCUGGCUGACUCGCUGUUCCUGGCUACUUUACCUUUCCAGGGCACUGAUGUGUUCCUGGGCUUCUGGCCCUUUGGGAACGCUCUGUGCAAGGCGGUGGUGUCUAUCGACUACUACAACAUGUUCACCAGCACCUUCACCCUGACCGUGAUGAGUAUGGACCGCUACGUGGCCGUCUGCCACCCUGUCAAAGCUCUAGACAUGAGGACUCCUCACAAGGCCAAGGUGGUGAAUAUCUGUGUGUGGGUGUUGGCCUCGGCCUUUGGAGUCCCAGCCAUGGUCCUGGGAAAUGUUGAGGUGGAGCAAGAGCAUAACAGCGUUGAGUGCAUCGUGGUUUUACCAGAUCCAAAGAGUCAAUGGGAUCCUGUCUUCGGCACCUGUGUCUUCCUUUUCUCCUUCCUCAUCCCCGUGGCCAUCAUCAGCAUCUGUUACAGCCUGAUGGUCAAGCGUCUGCGCAACGUCCGCAUCCUGUCCGGCUCAAAGGAAAAGGACCGCAACCUGAGGCGCAUCACCAGGAUGGUCCUGGUGGUGGUGGCGGCAUUUGUCGUCUGUUGGACCCCCGUCCAGAUCAUGGUCCUGGCUCAGUCGCUGGGCUUCAACCUGAGCAGCUUGUUCACGCUGGUCCUGAUGCACUUCUGCAUCGCGCUGGGCUACGUCAACAGCAGCUUGAAUCCCGUGCUCUACGCCUUCCUGGACGAGAACUUUAAGCGCUGCUUCCGCGAGUUCUGCAACCCGUCCCCGUUCCGCCUCGACACCCAGCAGUCGGGCAGGAUGAGAAGCAUUGCUCGGGAGGUGGCGGCCGCUUACAGCUGCAAGGCUGAUGGAGGGGGGCCUGGAGGAGGGACACCUAAUCCAGCAUGACUAGGCGUGGAGCUCCCCUUGGUGGGCGUAGACCCCAAAGAGAGGGGAGAGAACCAGGGGACAGGGAACUCCAAUACAGAAUUGACUCAGAUUACAGCUCUCUAGCGGCGCGAGCCCCCCCACCCCCCAACUAGAAGACUGGCCUGGGGUGGGGGGGAGGGAGAUGAGGAGGAUGGGGUCGAAAGGAAAAGAAUUUAGGACAUAGGACCCACUGGGUUCUUACAGUUUGGAAUCGAAGUUUGGGUGAGAAGGGGGUGGACAUCUAGGUAGGAGAUGGUUCCAUAUGGGAGUAGCUCAAACCAUUAAGGAUCCGGGAUCAUCGAAGACCCUAACUCCACUGAGGCGGUAAAAUAUUUUUGGAAUGUAAGACAAAACACAAAAGAGGUGACAGCAUUAUUUGACACUUAUUGCAGCACCAAAACAACAGCUUCACUGACAGAAACUGCAUCUGCCAACUGAGGCUGGAACCCAGUUGCUCCAUCUCUGGAAAGAUGUCUGACUCUGUGCUUGGGUAUGAAAAGGCAAGGGCUGGGGCAAGACAUUUGGUGAUAAACAGUGCAGGAUUAAUGGAAGGAGUGCAGAUACCAAAUCUCUGAAACCACCAUGCACUCAUGUGUAGAAAGAUUUUAAACAUUGGAAGCAUAAAUUGUGGUAAGGACGAAGGACUGAAGAGUGCCAAGGAAGAGUAAAGCUUUCUGGAAGUGUGAAACAGAGAAUACACUUUCACUGCAGUUUAUUGUUUCUUUAUCAGUUGGUGUUUCAGACUAAAUAACUUCUUUAUGUCAUGAGUGUGGACAAAACGGCCUACACUGAUCCAAGCACGGGGUCUUUAUUGUGAUGGUUUCUCUAAAAAUUGGACUACAUAAUGUUUAUAUGUUGCUGAGCCCUAAUAAGGACUUAAAUGGGCACACAAAGUAUAAUGCGAUAUUUCAGCCUGUAGACAGAAAGUUGGAUGUACUAUGUGCUAUAACAACAGCUGGCAUAAGGAAAAGAACGUGCAACAAGCUACUCUUGAACAAUAUUUCUUAAACUGUGUCUAUGAACCCAGAAUGGGUCACAUGAAUGUUAUUUCUUGUAGGAGCAACAUUUCUUGAUGUGUUCUGAAGCAAAAUAAGCCAGAGAAAUCCUGUCAAAGAAGUUUCUUAAGAGUUUUUGUGAUUUUUGAAAACCUUCUAUGA